CACAUUACAAGCCAAGCAGUCUAACUGUACACUUGAAAAAUUUACUUAAUUCAUUUUAUUUUUUUUUAUUGUUCAAAUAAUAUUGAAAAAAUGGAUUUAGAAAAUGAAAAAAAUAGCAUUGAUAAUACAAAUGCUGAGUUGAGAAAUGACUUGCCAAUUAAUAACGAAAAAUUAACUUCAACUGGAAAUGGUAAAAAAAAUUCAAAAUCAAAAAAAAAAGAUUCAGCUUUUCUUUAUGGUAAUGAAAUUGCAGUGAUAUUAAAAUCAUCACAAACAAUAGAACAAAAAUUAGCAACAAUAUGUGAAAAAUAUUCUGAACAAUUACAUGCUAAUCGUAAAUUAUUAACAACAAUUAAAAUGACAGAGGGUAAAGUUACAAAAAUGCAACAAGAAAAUGAACAAUGUCAACAGCAACGUUCAAAAGCUGUUCUUGCAAGAUCAAGAUUAGAAAAUUUAUGUCGUGAAUUACAAAAAUUAAAUAAAGCACAAAAAGAAGAAGUUGAUUUAAAAUUACGUAUUGAAGAAGAAAAAAGAAAAGAAAUAUCAGCAACAUUUCAAAGUGCAUUUACUGAAAUGAAUACAUUGACAGCUAAAAAUGCUGAAAAAAAUAAAAAAAUGAGAGAAGAAAAUGCACAAAUGAAAGAAAAAAUUAAAUCAGUACGUGAAAGAAUUGAAUUAAGUGAAAAACAAUUUGAUACAGUACGUCAACAAGCACAAUUAGAAGUGCAAUUAGCUGAAGCUAAAACAGCUAAACUUAAAAUGGAAAUGACAUCUGAAAAAGAAAAUUUGUUGAAGGAAAAACAACAAUUAUUAUUGCAAUUAACAGAGUCUCAGGUUAAAAUUCAAGAGUUGGGUGCAACUGAAGUGUCCCUGAGAAAUCAAAUAAGCAUGUAUACUGAAAAGUAUGAUGAUUUCCAAAAUGCUUUGACUAAAAGUAACAAGGUCUUCAGUGGAUUCAAUGAAGAAAUGGCUAAAAUGUCAAAGAAGAUACUGACAUUGGAAAAAGAAACAAGCCAAUGGAAACAACGAUGGGAAAAAAGUAAUGAUGCAUUAUUUAAUAUGGCUGCUGAUAAACAAUCAAAAGAUGCUGAAUUGGAAAAAUUAAAUCGUAAAGUAACAACUCUUGAUGAACUUUGUAAAGCAUUUCAACGUGAAAGAGCUGAACUUUUAGCACAACUUCGUGAAUUUAAAAAUAAAAACAAUGAUACUGUUGCCACCAAAGUUAUUGAUCCAGUUGAUACAAUUAAAGUUGAUGUGUUAUCUAAAAAUUGUGAAAAUAUUAAUGGUGAUUUGUUGGGAUCAGAAGAAUCACAUGUUGAAGCAGUUUCUAAUGAUAAUAAGACUGAUGAUAAUACUUGCAAAGUUGAAGAAACUAAUGAGAAAAUUGAUGAUAAUACUCAAACAACUGAUGUUAAAAUUGAAAGUAAUACUGAAACAAUUGAUGUUAAAAUUGAAAAUAAUACUUCUUCCGUAUUGUCGUCUGAAUUAAAGAGUGAUAAAAACACAAUUGAAACAGUUAAUUCAAAAGACGUUGAAGAAGAGCAAAAAGUAUUGGUUGUACCAAGUGCUGGAAUAAUUGAAGUUGUUAAAAUUGAUGAAAAUGUUGAAUUGAAAAAUAAAAUAAAUGACAAUACAAUUGAGUCAGUUAAAGAUGAUGAAGAAUCAGAGUGUUCUAGCUUUGAAGUCAUAGACAAGACAGCAUUGGAUGCUGAUAUGUCUACCAGUCAGGUUGAUGAGUCUAAACAGGUAGAAAUUGCUCCAGCAAGUUUAUCAAUUGAUACAAUUAAUAAUGAUAAAGUUGAUGAGGUAAAAACAACUGUAGAUUCAACAAUUGAUACAAUUAAAAAUGAGAAAGUUAAUGAGGUACAAACAACUGUAGAUUCAACAAUUAAAAAUGACAAAGUUGAUGAAGUAAAUACAACUGUACAAUCAGGUACAAUUGAUACAAAUAAAAAUGAAAAAGUUGACGAAAUAAAAACAGACAAACAAUCAGACAAAAAUAGUAAUAUUAAAAAAAUUGUUGACACAAAAGAAACAACACCAGAUGACAAUAAAAAAAAUACACCUGAAUGUCAACCAAAAAAAUCAAAAGAUGGAAAACGUAAGAAGAAAAAAUAAUUGGAUUAUUACAUAAAAUAAUUAAUUUUUUUCUCAUUUAAAUAUCAUUAAAAAAAAACAAAAAAAAAAAAAAACAUCAAUUAGUGUAUCAUCUAGAAUUGCCUACAAUAAUUAUCAUAUAAAUUCGUGAGAAUGAAUGAAUUGUGUUUGUAAGUUUAGCGUGAAUUUUUACAAACUAAAAAUAACUCUUUUUCUCCUUUUUUCUUUAAGUAAUCUUAAUCAAGAUUUAAGACUAAAAAUUUCUUUUUAAAAAAAACAACAACAAAUGAAAAUAAACAUCUUUUAUUUAAUUAUUUUAUUCAUUGUAUAAAAAUGAACAAUAAAAAAACAAUAAUAAUAUUAAUAUUGUCAAGAACAAUUGUCACAAUAAUAUGUAUGACAAUUUAAUUAAUUUUACGUCCUCGGUUUGAUUAUUGAGUGGAACAUUGCUGAUUUUACAAAAAAGAAAAGAUAAUAAAAUUUACAAAUAAA